AUGGGAGUUGCUUCUCUCGGGAGCGUGCUCCUCCUCCUGCUCUGCUGCUGGUUGUGUGUUCGCAGAUUAAGAGCCAAGUCCAAGUCCCAAGAAUCGGUACUCCCCUAUGCCGUGCGCACACCAGAAGGAUAUCAAGUCCAGUUCUCCUCCAGGGAGCACAUCAAGCAAUUGGUGCAGGCGCCAGACACGUACCUGUCCCUACAUGCUCUGGCGAAAGAUAUGUUCCAGCCCAAGUAUACCAUGAACGGCCUCGAAUACGACGACUGCAUGAGCGCCAACGGGACCGUCCACCAGCGAGCCCUGCAAGCGGAGCUGCGAUCCCACCUGCCAGCCCUAACCCAGCCGUUGCACAACUGCAUAGCCCAAGCGCUCACUGCAGAGAUCACAGCCCACAAGCCCCAGUCCGGGGAAUGGCGCGCAGUGCCAAUCUUCCCGAUGGCCAAGCGACUGAUCACCGCUGCCAACGCCUUGGUCUUCUUCGGGCCCGAGGUCUCAAGCGACCAGGUCUUCCUCGACGCCGCGCUCGAGUACCCCGAACACCUCAUGGAAACCGCCGAAGCGCUGCGCCUGCUCCCCGCGUGGGUCGCGCCCUUUGCAGCGCCAUAUCUAAUGCGCCGCCACCGAGCGCUGAAGAUCUUGCUCGAUCGCCUCACCCCCGUCGUCGAGGCGCGGAUCCGCAAAACCAGCAGCAGCACCACCAGCACCACCACUGCCCCGGAACAUGCAGACUGCAUCCAAUUCUUCGUCAACGCAGCCGCGCGCAAGAACCAGCAACACGAAUGGCCGGCCCAGCGCAUCAUCCAGGUCCUGCUAGGCGUGUGGUUUGCCUCCGUCCACCAACCAGCCAUGUGUCUCUUCUACGCCCUAGACGACCUCUGCCUGCAUCCCGAGUUCACGUCUGCGCUACGCGACGAGGUCGUCCGCGCCGCUAUGCCCCAACCAACCACCAUCACCACCACCACCACCACCACCCCCCAACAACCAGAAAUCAACCCCAACCACCUCCCCCUCCUCACCAGCUUCCUCAAAGAAUCCGCCCGCCUGCACCCAACCGAUUCCAUCUCCCUGCGCCGCAAAGUCCUCCAACCAUUCACCUUGGCCGACGGAACCACCCUAGCAAAGAACGACGUCGCCUGCAUCCCGCUGCAGCCCAUCCUCCGCGACCCAGAUCUCUACGCCGAUCCGCACACCUUCAACCCUUACCGCUUCAUCAUCCCCCAAGAUCCCGCGAAGGCCAACGAAGACACCCGGAACCCGACGACACGAACAACAUCCUCCGAUUUCACAGACGCAGACGUCACCUUCCCCAUCUGGGGGCUGGGCAAACGCGCCUGUCCCGGACGGUAUUAUGCGUCGGUGCUGCUGAAGCUGGUGCUCGCGCAGAUCCUGCUGCGGUAUGAGGUGAAGAUGGUGGAGACGGCCAAAGACGAGCGGAGGUACUUUUACUGGCGGUCGGCGAUUGUGCCCAAGGCUGGGGCGGGGUUGUUGUUUCGGGAGAGGGGGGUGCGGGCUUUGGCUGGGUUUUGUUAG